AUGUAUCACGGCUCAGUUCUGCUGUUGCUGCUCUUCGCGGGGACAUGCUCGGUGUACACGUAUCAAAAUGUGGCCUUGCAUGGAAAAGCAACUCAGUCACACCGCUACGAGGGAGAUCCUGGACGUGCUUUUGGGGCUGCUUACAACGCCAUUGAUGGAAACCGUGAAUCUUCUUACAGAGCUGGUUCAUGCAGCCACACUGUUACACAGACCAACCCCUGGUGGAGGGUGGACCUGCUGGAGUCCUACGUGGUCACUUCCGUCGUCAUCACCAACAGAGGAGACUGCUGUCCAGAAAGGAUCAAUGGGGCAGAGAUUCAUAUCGGAAACUCUUUACAAGACAAUGGCGCUGCAAACCAAGUGGUUGCUGUAAUUCCCAGUAUCCCAGCAGGUAGAUCUUACACGGUAACUGUUUCAAAACAUGUGGAGGGACGUUAUGUGACUGUGGUUGUACCUGGUCCAGGAAGGUACCUCACACUCUGUGAAGUGGAAGUCUACGGGUAUCGUGCUCCAACUGGAGAGAACCUGGCACACCAAGGAAAAGCCACGCAGUCAUCUGUGUAUUCAUAUGAUUCCCAUGCAUAUAAUGCUAUAGAUGGGAAUCGUGCGAGCAACACAGGACAGGCCUCCUGCAGUCACACAAAACUCAACUUUAGUCCCUGGUGGCGACUGGACCUGGGCAAAACGCACAAAGUGUUUUCUGUUAAGAUAACCAACAGAGAUAGUUAUGAAUAUCGACUCAAUGGAGCUGAGAUCCGCAUCGGAGAUUCACUUUCAAACAAUGGAAACAACAAUCCCCGGUGUGCUGUGAUCACACGCAUCCCUGCAAGUGUUACCCAAACGUUCCAGUGUAACGGGAUGGACGGUCGCUAUGUUAACAUAGUCAUUCCUGGAAGAAAUGAGUAUCUGACUCUGUGUGAGGUGGAGGUGUAUGGCUCUGUAUUGGACUAGAUCUGACGAGGUUCAAAAUGCACAACAAUGGCAAUUUACAUAGCCGGUAUUUAGCUGAUGCUCUUUUAUAGAUUGAUGGUAGAAAUCAUAUCUUAAGUUUCAUGACAUUGACAUCAUUAGAGACAACAUAUUAUAGUUAUAUGACAGUAAAGCUGCAUUAAUAAAUGUUUGAUCACUAGGGGGCAGAAUAAUUCCCCAAAAAUAAAAAAAUGCUGAAAAACACAAUCCUGACAUCAUCAUCUAGUCAAAUAAAUGUGUUAUGGCUAAUAUGUUAGCAAAACGUUUCCCAUUUACACAUCCUGUCAACAAAAAACAACAUUAGCAUUCAUUUGGAGUCAUGUAUCCGCCUGCAGGAUGGAUGUGAAUCCAUUAUUAAAUAUCUGUUUAGCUCUAGUUUGGUGUCCAUGACUCCUGUGAAAAUAUUUGUUCUACUGCUACUAGAUGCUGGAUGAAGAGCUGAAUUUGUCAUACUUCCUCACAUACAUGAUGUAAUGUCAUCUACAAAACGUAUCUUUUGUUCUUGAUUUAACAUAAUUCUUGUUUUUCUGUUUUUAAUCUUUAAGUUUGGCACCUGGACAUUGGCUCUGGCAAUUCCCACC